GCGGGAAGUGAAUGGUUUUACCCAGAGAGCCCUGCGCCGCCUUUCUCCGCUGGCUCCGGCGCUGCUCCCUGCUCCUCCUCCCCGGCCAUGGCGUUCACGUUCGCGGCCUUCUGCUACAUGCUGGCGCUGCUGCUCACCGCCGCACUCAUCUUCUUCGCCAUUUGGCAUAUUAUAGCAUUUGAUGAGCUGAAGACCGAUUACAAGAAUCCUAUAGACCAGUGUAAUACCCUGAAUCCUCUUGUCCUUCCAGAGUACCUCAUCCAUGCUUUCUUCUGUGUCAUGUUUCUUUGUGCAGCAGAGUGGCUUACACUGGGUCUCAAUAUGCCCCUCUUGGCAUAUCAUAUUUGGAGGUAUAUGAGUAGACCAGUGAUGAGUGGACCAGGACUCUAUGACCCUACAACCAUCAUGAAUGCAGAUAUUCUAGCAUAUUGUCAGAAAGAAGGAUGGUGCAAAUUAGCUUUUUAUCUUCUAGCAUUUUUUUACUACCUAUAUGGCAUGAUCUAUGUUUUGGUGAGCUCUUAGAACAACACUCAGAAGAACUGGUCCAGUUAAGUGCAUGCAAAAAGCCACCAAACGAAGGGAUUCUAUCCAGCAAGAUCCUGUUUCCAAGAGUAGCCUAUGGAAUCUGAUCAGUUACUUUAAAAAAUGACUCCUUAUUUUUUAAAUGUUUCCACAUUUUUUGCUUGUGGAAAGACUGUUUUCAUAUGUUAUACUCGGAUAAAGAAUUUAAAUGGAAUUACAUAUAAAUUAAUAUAAAAUGAUACCUCUGGUGUUGACAGGUUUGAACUUGCACUCCUUAAGGAACAGCCGUAAUCCCUUGAAUGACUGCAUUAAUUAUUGACUAUCCUUAGUCCAUUGGAAGCUUUUGUUUAUAGAAGUUGUAGGGCUCAUUUUGGUUUUAUUGAAAUGCCAUUUAAUUAUAAAUUAGCUGUAGAUAUCAGGUGCUUCUGAUGAAUUGAAAAUAUAUAUCUGACCUGUGGAAACUUCAUGGGUUUCCUCAGCUAUCAUGUAGGUGAUUAUAUAUGGAUGCAUUAAAAAAAUGAGUGGGAUUUUUUUCCCUUUGACUUGAAAUAUUACCCCUGUAUAUUGCAUGAAUGAGAGAUUUCCCAUAUUUCCACCAGAGUAAUAUACUUGCUUUAAUUCUUAAGCAUAAGUGAACAUGAUACAAAAAUAUAUGCUGACUUACUUGUGAUGAAUGCAUUUAAAGCUAUUUUAAAUGUGUUUUAAUUUGUGAGACAUUACUUAUUAAGAAAUUGGUUAUUAUACUUUGUGUUCUAAUCUGGUGGUAAAGAUAUUCUUAAGAGUUUGCAAGUACUUUAGAUUUUCAAAACUGAAUGAGAGAGAACAUUGUAUAACCAUCCUGCUGUUCCUUUAGUGCAAUACAAUAAAACUCUGAAAUUAAGACUUAUUUUCAGUGCAUUGUUUUAAAGAUUACAAAUAGCUAUUCUUAAACUUGCUUAUUCCAAAUAAAGACAUAUCACUGUCAAUUUUUUAAAAAGAUAGUAGAGUAUUACAUUUUUUUUUAAAUACCAUGCUUGGAUCUAAAAAGGAAGAUUUUUAAAUGGUUAAGCAUAUUACCUUCUUUUGUCACUUGACAAGAUUCAUAAACACUGAUGGCACAGCAUCAUCAUUUUUCUUACCAAUUAAAAAAAUUAUUGUGAAACUUAAAA